GAGGGAUCGUCAGGAUAAAUUUACAUCUUUGAAAGCAAAACUCACUAAGUUAAGGAGAGGGUUGUAGCUAAAACCCAGUCUCUGUAAAAAUUUCAGCAACAGAGAGAAACAUCAAAAUUUCUCCGAUUGAAGAAGAUGGAGUGUGUAGUUCCAUUAUGGCGGUGCUUCUGUCUCAGUCCACCGGAGCUACGCAACCGCAUCGUUAACCACAGUCGCCGCCAUCUCCAUCUCUCAUCCUCCUCUUCCUCCUCCUUCGCAGCAGGGAUAUGGGCUCUCCCCGAUAAGAAUAAUCGAUUUCUUGCUCCACUCGCGCAGAGGACUUCCUUGAAUCGCCGUACGGGAUCGCUCGAGCACCUUCCUCUUUCCGUGAGCUCGUCUGUGAUUGGUAACUCAGAGGAAGAACUAGAAGAAGAAGAAGAAGAAGAUGAUGAUUUGGAUUGGGAGUCAGAAUUUCUUGGGGAGAUUGAUCCGUUGGAUAUCCAACCUCCGAAGAAGAGGAAGAAGCAGUCAAAGUCGAAAGCGCUUGAUGACACUGAAGGGAUGGAUUGGUGUGUGAGGGCAAGGAAAAUUGCACUUCAAUCGAUUGAGGCUAGAGGAUUGUCUUCAAGAAUGGCGGAGGUGAUGCCCCUCAAGAAGAAGAAGAAGAAGAAAAAGAGCAAGAAAGUGAUUGGAAACAAGGACAAGGUCAAAAUCAAAAGUGUUCCCGAAGAUGAUUUUGAUUCCGACGAAGAAGAUUUGGACUUUGAAGAUGGAUCGGUGGAGGAUAAGAUGGGGGAGCUGAGGAAGAGAGUUAGCUCAUUAGCUGGUGGAAUGUUUGAGGAGAAGAAGGAGAAGACGAGGGAGCAAUUAGUUCAGAGGCUAUCCCAGUUCUCAGGACCUUCUGAUCGUAUGAAGGAAAUCAACCUGAACAAAGCUAUAAUAGAAGCACAAACCGCUGAAGAGGUACUCGAAGUAACAGCUGAGACAAUCAUGGCUGUUGCCAAAGGUUUAAGCCCAUCGCCAUUGUCUCCACUAAACAUUGCAACUGCGCUCCACCGAAUUGCCAAGAACAUGGAGAAAGUUUCGAUGAUGAGAACUCGUAGGCUUGCGUUUGCUCGGCAAAGAGAGAUGUCGAUGCUUGUUGCUCUUGCAAUGACUUGCCUACCAGAAUGUUCAGCUCAAGGGAUCUCAAAUAUAUCCUGGGCAUUGUCCAAAAUCGGGGGUGAAUUGCUUUAUUUGACAGAGAUGGAUAGAGUCGCAGAAGUUGCCACAUCAAAGGUUGGGGAGUUCAAUGCUCAGAACGUUGCUAAUAUUGCAGGGGCUUUUGCUUCCAUGCGGCAUUCUUCUCCAGAACUCUUUGCUGAGUUGUCAAAGAGGGCAUCUGCUAUUAUCGUUACGUUUAAAGGCCAAGAGAUUGCUCAACUGUUGUGGUCAUUUGCCUCGCUUUAUGAGCCAGCUGAUCCUUUACUUGAAUCUUUGGAUAUUGCUUUCAAAGGGAAUGACCAGUUCAAGUGCUGCUUGACGAAAGAAGUAGCAAACUAUGAUGAAGUAUCAGACGGUGAAGUAAGCGAUGGUGCUUCAGGACCUCCAGCACUCAGCUUUAACAGGGACCAGCUUGGAAACAUAGCAUGGUCUUAUGCUGUUCUUGGGGGAGUGGAGCGACCUUUCUUUGCCAUUAUAUGGAAUAUGUUAACCACCUUGGAGGAGCAAAGGCUUUCAGAGCAGUUUAGGGAAGAUGUCAUGUUUGCUUCUCAAGUGUAUCUUGUGAAUCAGUGCUUGAAAGUUGAGUGUCCCCACCUUCAGUUGUCACUUUGUGAUGGGCUCGAAGAAAAAAUAACCCGUGCAGGAAAAACAAAAAGGUUCAAUCAGAAAAUAACCUCAUCUUUUCAAAAAGAAGUUGGACGCCUUCUCAUAAGCACAGGGCUUGAUUGGGUUAAAGAACAUGAUGUGGAUGGCUACACCGUGGAUGUUGCGCUGGUCGAGAAGAAAGUUGCUCUAGAAAUUGACGGGCCAACACAUUUCUCAAGAAACACUGGACUACCAUUAGGGCAUACAAUGCUGAAGCGGCGAUAUGUUACUGCUGCUGGGUGGAAGGUGGUAUCCUUGUCUCAUCAAAAGUGGGAAGAACAUGAAGGCAGUCAUGAACAGCUAGAAUAUCUGAGGGAGAUUCUCGACGGCUGCUUAUAGAGAAGACAAACGAGAAAAACUUCGGCCAAGCGAACACUAGUUUAUUUAUCAUGCGACCGGAAAUCUAGAAAACACAUCUAGAAGCAAACAAUAUAGCAUUGGGAGACACAACUAGUGCUUGAUCUGGGACAACAUAGUCCUGACAUCUUUGGCGUUCGGCCUCUGUUUCGGAUCAUCCAAAGUACAGUAACAAGCGAUUUUCAGAACCAGAAGCAUCUGUUCAUCGAAUCCUUGUUCCAUCAACUUGGGAUCAAUCGCAACGCUUGGAUUCUCUGACGUCACUAUGUUCCUCAUCCACUUUAUCAGACUCAUCUCGUCGGUGUGCUGAAAGAACUCAUCUGAAGGAAGCUUCCCAAUCACCAAAACCCCAAGAAUCACUCCAAAACUAUAGAUAUCACAUUUGUCUGUGAACUUGAGAGUUUGAUGAUACUCUGGUGCUAUGUAUCCCACAGUUCCUGCAAGAUUCGAGGUUGUAACAUGUGUGACCGCAUCGGGCAUCGCCUUUGCCAGCCCGAAAUCUGCAAUUCUGGCCUCCAUGUCGUCAUCAAGAAGAACAUUAGCUGGCUUCAAGUCUCUGUGAAUGAUUCUCGGGUUAUGAUACAUGUGAAGGUACUCGAGCCCUGCAGCUAUACCAAUGGCUAUCUUGUGCCUUGCUGGCCACAUUAGCUCUUUUGUUCCAGCAGUCACGUCCGACAGUAUAUCUUGCAAACUCCCGUUCUUCAUGAACUCGUAAACGAGGAAGUGGCACUCGGGUCUCGGCACGUGUGCUAGCAACGGGAGAAGAUUCCGGUGACGGAUUUGGCCGACUGUGGUGAUCUCUGAUUUGAUCUGCCGCAUUUUCUUGUUCAUGGACUUGGAGUCUUCGUCUGCAAGUUCAGAGGCGUCUUUAGCCGGUUGGAUAACUUUCUUAACGGCGAUGAUCUUCCCAUUGCUUCCGGGUAGUUCCGCUUUGAAAACCUCUCCGCAACCUCCUCUUCCAAUGAUCUCCAGGGAAGCUAAAGCUUCUUCGUUCUCCAAGAAGGCUAGAUCUUCCGCUCUUUUGAUCAAUGGGCUGAAUAUGGAAGGACCUGAUGGUUUUUCUGGUCCUCUUAUUGCUUGAAGAAUCAAUCUGAACAUCACCGAGAAGACAAACCCAGAGAUUGUUCCGCCUAAGGCUCCAACGAAGAACCCUAAGAUCCAUGCCGCUAUUUUCUUCUUUUUGUUCUUCUUCUUCUUCUUCUUCUUUUUCUCCGGUUUUGUAGUCCCACCUGUUGCUUUUGAUGUGGUGGUGUUGUUGGGUUUCUUCGUGGAGUUUGAAGAUGGAGUUUCUGCAAGAAUGUGUCUUGUUUGGUGUGGAGAUGUCUGUUGCUUGAUCUUGCUCAUAACCGGAACCGGACCUUCCAAAAACCGGUUUCCAGAGAAAUCAAAGAACCGGAGAUUGUGGAACGACACAACUGGCUCCGGGAUCUUGCCUGAGAAGAGAUUGUUUGCAACGGAGAGGUUCUCCAGAUUGCGUAGGUUCUUCAAGAAGUUCAAGUUCCCGGAGAACUUGUUGGAAGAAAGAUCAAGGAUUCGAAGACGGAUCAAACGAGAAAAGUUUCCCGGAAUCUGACCGGAAAAUCUAUUGUUUCGAACAUCAAGGACUUCGAGUUUCUUACAGUUUAAGACAUCCGCAGGAAGACCAUUGACCAACUGGUUAUUAGACAGAGUGAGUUCCUUGAGCUCCGACAACAUCCCGAUCACCGGCGAGAUAGUCCCCGUCAAGCUCCGGGAUCGGUAGACGAGCCUGGUGACACGUAGAACGUAUUCUCCGGUGGCGGCGGAGCGUCUUCUCUCGCAGAAAACUCCACCGCGACCGCAGGGGUUAACACCACUGGACGAAGAGAGUUGACCGUUGACUCCAAGCUCUGUUUCGAUGACUUGAAGAGCUUUGAGAUCUGAGGAAUCGAUAUCGAGCCAUUCGGUGGUGGAGGAGACGAAAGAAGAGAGAAGAAGAAGGGAGAGAACGGCGAGGCUUACAUGCCGGAGAAAGAGAUCGGCGUUUCCCGUGGGAACAGCCAUUUUAAUAAUUUUCGUUGAGAGAAAGUUUCUUCUUGUGGAUGAUGUCGGAGUCUCUACUCUGGUUAUUUAUGGUCAGCAACUGCUACUAAUCUAUUGAAAAGUCUUUUACGUGUUC